AUGAGUGGAAAUCCAUUUGAUCCAAAGAAUCGAGUCGAGGAUGACAAGGUUGUAGGAUCUACACCAUCUCCACAAGCACCAUUGUACCCAAGAAUAGAAGAAGAAGAAGAAGACGUAGAUGACGAUCAACGUCCAAUCAAUAAUAAUAAUAAUAAUAAUAAUAACAAUAACAAUACACAAAAUGAUCCAAAUAAUAAUAAUCGUCGUACAAGAAGAAGAAACAAUAACAAUGAUAGUGACGAUGAAGAGGAUAGUGACCAAGACGAAAUAUACAAUGACGACAAUGAAUAUGAAGAACAACAAUCAUCUGGUGGUAUCAUUUUAGAACCAAUCAUUAGAGACCCAAGCAUGUGGAGAGAAAAGAGUUUACUCAAUUCACAAGACGAAAUUAAAGAAGGCGAUGAACUCUUGACAAGAGUUACAAAAACUAUUGGUAAAACUUAUAAAUUAAUAGGUCAAAAGGUUAAAGAUUCAAAUAGAUUAAUUGAAAACAGAGUAAAAGAAUCAAAUAAAAAGGUGGAAGGAGCAUUGACAGAGGGAUUUGAUCAAUUUGUAGGAGUAGUAUCAAAACCAGUUGAUAUUGUUAGAGAUCAACAUCACAAACGAGUGGAAAAGCACGAGACACAUGAACGUGCGAUUUGGAUAAAGGACAAACAACAAAUAUCAAAGUAUGAAUGUUUGGACUAUGUAACCAUCUACAACAAGGCCUAUCGUAACGAGAUGUAUAAAAAGUUUAAUGAUUUGGGCUCGAACCAUGAAUGGCAGCGAUGGAUGGUAUCGCUGUUUAUGGGUAUUUUCAUUGGGUUUAUUGCCUAUCUUGCACAUGUUGGCGUUUCCAACAUUCUCUACUACAAAUUCGAGUUUACCAAGGACCUCAUCUCUGAAAACAUAUAUCUGGGUUUCUUGGCCUAUUUCACAUGUAAUACAGUGCUCGCGACGAUUGGGUCGUUGCUAGCGGUCUACUAUGAACCGACAGCUGCCGGCUCGGGUAUUCCCGAGGUCAAGGGAUACCUCAACGGCACCAAGAUCCCGCACACUCUCAAAUUCAAGACACUGUGGACCAAGUUGGCAUCGAUGAUCUUUGCCGUGUCGUCCAAUUUACAGGUCGGCGCUGAAGGUCCGAUGAUCCAUAUCGGUGCGAUCGUCGGUAACGGUUUCUCGCAGGCACAGUCCAAAGAGUUUGGAUUCAAGAUUCCCUUUUUACGUAGUUUUAGAAACGAUAAGGAUAAACGUGACUUUGUGACGAGUGGAGCGGGUGCUGGUGUGGCAGCUGCUUUUGGUGCGCCACUUGGAGGAGCUCUGUUCUCGCUCGAGGAAGUAUCGUCGUUUUGGUCGACCACCCUCACUUGGAGAUCUUUCUUUGCCUGUUUGAUUGCAACGUUUACGAUGCGUCUCUUGCAAGCUACCAACCUCACUCAACACGGUCUCAUGAUCUUUGACAUGGGUGUGGCCAACAAAGACUAUGCCUACAACUUGCUCGAGUUUGUGCCAUUCAUUGUGAUUGGCGUGUUGGGUGGGUUUGCCGGCGCACUCUUUACACUCAUCAACAUCAAGGUCGUCGCCAUGCGUCGUGAAAAGGUCAACAAGGUCAAGUCGCUGCGUGUGCUCGAGGUGUUCCUCAUCUCGGCCGUAUCGACCAUUCUACAGGUGUUUUUACCACUCAUCUUCCCUUGCAAGGAAAUCAGCGCACUCUCUAAUGGAGGUAUCGGACAGUCUGUUUUGGCGGGCAACGGCACAUCGAGCGGCAGCGGAGAGAUUGAAAUUGAAGGUCUCAAACAAUUCAACUGUCCAAAAGGUCAAUACAACGAACUGGCAAGCAUUAUCUUUGCAUCCAACGAGGAAGCUAUUACCAACUUGCUCUCGAUCAACAGCGUCGAUCUCACCAACACACACCGUAUCAGCAUAUUUGCAUUACUCGUGUUUUUCGUGUUUUACUUUUUGUUUGCUGCUUAUACGGCCGGCUGUGGCAUUUCCUCGGGUACUUUUGUGCCAAUGAUUGUCAUUGGUGCUGCCUAUGGUCGUGCGAUUGGUCUCAUCGUGUCGUAUAUCGUUCCCAACUACGCUGGUCUUGAUCCCGGCGCCUACGCGAUUAUGGGCGCGGCCGCGUUCAUGGCGGGUGUGUCUCGACUCACCAUCUCGCUCACCGUCAUCCUCAUCGAGACGACCAACGAGCUCCAAUACCUCAUCCCCAUCAUGGUCACCAUCAUGGUGGCCAAGUGGACGGCCGAUCUCUGCAUCCACCCAUUCUUUGAUAUUCUCAUCGAGAUGAAGUACAUCCCCUACCUCGAACCACACCCUUCCAAGGCGAUGCGUCUCCUCAUGGCCAAACAUGUCAUGGCCAAGAAACCAGUAUUCUGUCGUGAAAAGGAAAAGCUCGGUCACAUCCUCCACAUCUUGCACGAAACCAAACACAAUGGUUUCCCAGUCGUCAACAAUGAGAAUGACCGUCUUGUCAAGGGACUCAUUUUAAGAAGUCAGUUGCUCAUGGUACUCGAACGUAUGCACGACGUCUAUGUCCCCAACCAAGAACAAGCAUACUCUCACCAAGACUAUACUACCAAGUUGGCAUGGAAGUUGCCCAAUCUCGACGACCUCGCCUUUGAUCCAGCCGACCACAACCAACUCGUCGAUCUCACCGAAAUCAUGAAUCUCACAGUUGUCACGGUCAACGAAGAGUUUGCCGUCUCUGAAGCAUUCCAACUCUUUAGAACAAUCGGUCUCCGUCACAUGCCAGUCGUCAACAGCAACAACAAACUCAAAGGUAUCAUCACUAAAAAGGAUCUCCUCGAAAAGACUUGUGAACAACGUUACAAGGAAUUAUCUCAUCUCAAAUUAGGUGUUGAUCAAUUAUUACAUGUUGGUGAUGAUUAA